AUGUCGAAAUCCAUGGAGAGUUGUCGAAAAGGCGAGGAGAAGAACGCCGCCGCGAGGUCGUCUCGACCGAGGCUCGCUCAAGCGAGCUCGCGAAAAGGUUGCAUGCGGGGGAAAGGCGGCCCCGAGAACGCAUCUUGCACUUACAAGGGUGUCCGCCAGCGCACGUGGGGAAAAUGGGUGGCCGAGAUUCGCGAGCCCAACCGUGGGUCUCGCGUCUGGCUCGGCACCUUCGAAACCUCCCACGAGGCGGCUAUGGCCUACGACACCGCAGCCCGACGCCUCUACGGACCCGAGGCCAAGGUUAACCUCCCCCACCUCCUCGACCAGGCCCAAGCCGAGACUCAGACAUUAUUACAGGGACCUGUGAAGGCCGAGGUCCAGGAAAUCACAAUCGAUGAUUUCCUAGGCCCAUUAGAGCCUACUAAGGAGGAAAGGCCCAUUAGUGAGAUUGGGCCGAUGGCGGAGAGUACUGGGUAUAACUACAACGGAGAGUACGUCAGUGCUAGCGGGAUUUUGCAGGAGCUGAACGAGAGCUUGCCGGAGGUGGACGACUCGUCCCUCUGGGCCGAGGCAGCCAAGGAUACCUCGUUGAGGAUCGUGCACGAGCCAGAGGCAUUUGCGUCCAGCUUGGAGUACUACGGGAAGGACAGUUAUGGAACGCCCUUCCCGUGGUACUACUAA